AUGACGGACGAACCAACGCCGCAAGCUCAGCCUCCAGCCAAGAAGGAGGAGAAGAAGGCAGCUAAUCCUGGCAACAAUCGUGGCCCCAAGCGUCAUCCAUCUACGUCUGGCAACUCGCGGGGUGGUGGUCCCGGACAAGGCGGUCAGCGUCCAGCUUCUAGAGGAAGCCAGAAGAAGGGAACCCCUCCUAACCAAGGUGGAGAAUCAGGCUCCGAAUCCGCCUCCCGCAAGGCCCCAGAUAGGAAACAGGAACCGCGCAAGAACCAGCCGACUCGUGGUUCAGGCCAUCGCAAGGGCUCUGCCUCCCAAGCUCGCAACGCGAAUCAGCAACCCUCCAAACAAUCAGCCUCCCCAGCCCCAAUGCAGAACAAGGAAUCCAGUGAUGCCCUAUCUUCCCUGCAGCGUGUCAUCGCGGACCUUAAGACAACCUCGCCCGUCCAACCUCCUGCUACCGCUACCAACUCCUUUGGUAGCCAUGCUCUCAAUACUCAAGCCCCAACGUUCCAACCUGGCGCUGGAUCCGGCUCUGAUCCCAAACACCGCAAGGCGAUGUCACUUGGUAACAACAAUGGCAAUUACAACUCCUACUCCCCCCACCUUGGCGUCAUGGUCGAAGAUAACGAAGAUGGGACAUUUGAAGAAGGCGAGAUCCCCGAGCGCGCGGCCCCUCAACAACAGGGACACAACCCUCGUGCUCAGUCCCAGAGCUUUGUUGCUCCACGAUUCGCUGCAUUGGCAGCUCAGAACGAACAGGCUGACAAUGUCGGUCCCACUGGCCGCCCGCAGUUGGCCCCCGGUUUCAUGUUCGGUAGAAAGAGAAGCGCUAAUCUUGGACCUGCGAUCAGCGAGGAGGACGUUGGCUUCCAGUUCCCACAGCAAGGUCAAGCUCAGUUCCAAGCCGAGUUCAGCGAUGGCCAGCGCAAGGGUGCCGAGGGUGGAGACAUCACCGGUAUUAUGGCCGAGCAGAUCGCUAUCCAAAAUCAGAUCGAGGCGCUGCAGCAACAGCAGCAAGCUUUGUACCAGCAGCAGCUGGCUUCUGGUCAGGUCGCUGGCUUCCCAGGAGCUGGCAUCGGCGCUGGCAGAGGCCAUCGACGCGUCCAAAGUACCGUUCCCACUACGGCUGCUUUGAACCCGGCGUUCGCGUUGCAAAACCCCAUGGGUCAGUUUGGAAACCUUGGCCUUGGAAUGGGAUUGGAUGGCCAACCUCAGGGCAUCCCUCGUGGCCAUGGACGUCGCCACAGCGUGAACGUCGUGAACAAAGGAGCCAACCAAGGUGCCGGCAUCAACUUUGUCAAUCCUUUCGGCGACCCAAGCACUUUCGAGGAUGGAUUCGCUCCUCCCGCCCAUUUCGGGGGCCACUCCCGACAAGCCUCUCGUGCUGAUUCUAGCUGGCGCAUCAACGGUGGCGUUGGUGCUGUCAAUCCGAACACUGGAUUUGCUUCGGACCUCGCUCAGGCGCAGGCACAGCUCCAAAGCCUGCAACAGUUCCGCGCCGCUUCUGGAGGCCACCACCACAAGAUGGCUUCGUUCAGCUUCCCGAAUAUGUUGCCAAACAUGAUGGCUGCCAAUAUGAUGGGUUUGGGCCUCGGAGGAAUCAAUUUAAUCCAACAGCAGCAACAAUUCCAGUCGCAGCUCCAGCAGCAAUCUAACCAACCUCAACGCAAAUCCCUCUUUGCGCCUUACCUUCCUCAGGCCUCUCUUCCUCCUUUGCUUGCAGCUGGCAAGCUCGUCGUUGGUAUUCUACGAGUUAACAAACGAAACCGCUCGGAUGCCUAUGUCUCGACCGAGGUCCUUGAUGCGGACAUUUACAUUUGUGGUUCCAAGGACCGUAACCGUGCGCUGGAGGGCGACAUCGUUGCAGUCGAGUUGUUGGAUGUUGAUGAAGUCUGGGGCACCAAGAAAGAGAAGGAGGAGAAGAAGCGUAAGAAGGAAGAGAACUCGGCCUACGACCUCAAGGCUGGGAGCCGCAAGGAGGAUAAGAAAAAAGACGACGUCGAAGUUGAAGGCCAAGGUCUACUCUUGUUCGAAGAUGAAGAAGUUACUGACGAAGUCAAGCCCCAGUUCGCUGGUCACGUCGUUGCUGUUGUAGAGCGCAUGCCAGGGCAACUUUUCUCUGGAACCUUAGGGUUGCUUCGACCCUCGUCAGCUGCCACCAAGGAGAAACAGGAAGCUGAGCGCCGUGAGCGUGAGGGUGACAAGGCUGAAGAACCCCGACGUGGACCUAUCGAACGACCCAAGAUUGUCUGGUUCAAGCCAACCGACAAGCGCGUUCCCCUCAUCGCUAUCCCCACUGAGCAAGCACCCCCUGACUUCGUCCAGAACUCUGAGGCUUACGCCGACAAAUUGUUCGUUGCUUGCAUUAAGCGCCAUCCCAUCAGCUCGCUUCAUCCUUUCGGCACUCUCGUUGAAGAGCUGGGGCCCAUUGGGGACAUUGAAGUCGAAACCAGUGCACUCCUGAAAGAUUGCAACUUCCCUACGGAAGAAUUCAGCGAGAACGUCCUCAAAUGCCUCCCUCCCAUUCCAUGGACUAUCCCCGAACACGAGUUCAAGACUCGCAAAGACCUUCGUGAGGAACGCAUCUUUACCAUCGAUCCCGAGACUGCGAAGGAUUUGGAUGAUGCUCUGUCCGUCAAGGCGAACGAAGACGGCACCUAUGACAUCGGUGUUCACGUUGCCGAUGUGUCGUUCUUCGUGAAGCCUAACACUGCACUCGACAGGGAUGCGCGUAAGCGAGCCACCAGCGUGUACCUCGUCCAACGCGUCGUUCCAAUGCUCCCUCCCGCAUUGAGUGAGCAGCUGUGCAGUCUCAUCCCAGGCGAAGAUCGACUCGCCUUCUCGGUCAUUUUCACUAUCAACAAAGAGGCGAAGGUCUUGAAGAAGUGGUUCGGAAAGACCAUUGUCAGAUCGACAGCGAAGCUGUCCUACCGAGAUGCUCAAAAUGUCAUUGAAGGCAAGAACUUUGAUGCUCCUGUCGGAGGCAACUACAACGCCUCUGACAUCGAGGAGGACAUCAAAGUUCUUGACAGUAUCUCCAAGAAGCUGCGAGCUGAACGCUUCAACAACGGUGCCCUUACACUGGAAUCCUUGAAGCUUAGGUUCACUUUAGGUGAAGAUGGCCUCCCUACAGACUGCGGCGAACAGGAAAGGCUCGAUGCCAACGCACUCAUUGAAGAGUUCAUGCUCCUUGCAAACAUUGCUGUGGCACAACAAAUUGCGGUUCACCUUCCUGAGCAAGCCCUACUGCGUCGACACGACUCUCCCAUCGAGCGUCGCAUGAACACCUUCCUUCGUCGAGCUGAGCGACUUGGAUACAAGAUGGAUAUCUCGUCUGCUGGUGCUCUGAUGAAGUCUUUCAACGCGAUUACUGAUCCGACUGCCCGUAAACUCCUUGAGCUUGUUUCCUUCAAGGCGACCCAUCGCGCGAAGUAUUUCUGUGCUGGCAUGCUUGACAUCGCGAAGUAUGGCCACUAUGCACUCAACGUUCCCCUUUAUACCCACUUCACUUCCCCUAUCCGUCGAUACGCGGAUGUCCUGGUCCACCGACAAUUGGAGGCAACCUUGCAGGGAGGAAACGAUGUCAAGUUUACCAUGGAUCGCGACGCUGUUGCCAAGGUUGCUCAACAGUGUAACAUUAAACGCGAUUCCGCUAUCCUCGCAGAGGAGCAAUCUGCCCACCUCUUCCUCUGCGUCCUUAUAUCUGACCUGGCAACUCGUUACGGUCCAGUCAUUCGACCGGCGAAGGUUAUCAACGUGUUGGAUGCGGCCUUCGACGUCCUGAUUCCUGAAUUUGGAAUUGAAAAGCGCGUCCACAUCGACCAGAUGCCGAUCGAAAACCACGUUUACGACGAACACACCCACACUCUCCAGAUUUACUGGUCUGAGAAAGACGUCAUCACCUGGUUGGCCGAGAACAGCGAUGAUGAACACCUCAAGAAAGUCAAACGCAAUGCUGAGCAGCACGCCCUCAAGAUGGAAGUUGCUUCUCGUUCAGUCCAUGAUGAAAGCGCCCUGUUCGACGAGGAUGGAGAUGACGACGAGAUUGUACUAGGACGCGCUGACCCCAGCGAAGUCAAGGAGACCUCCACACAGCGUCUCAUUUCUAUGGCCAAGGAGAAGCCUCAGUUUGAAGGACUCCGGGCCCCGUCCUCCGGCCACAAGAUUCAAGACAUCCGCGAGCUCAUGACUGUCCCUGUCAUUGUCACCGCCGACUUGACGAAGAGCCCUCCCGUCAUCAAGGUCUAUAGCGUCAACCCCUACUCUUUCGAGCAACAGAAGAAAUAAUUUCCCCCUUGUUCUCCGAUGUUUGAAUGUCUUUUUUCUCCUUCCACGACUGCAAUGCCUUGUAAUUUUAAUAUGAACUUACGUUUUCUACGCUUCUUCUAUGUCGCUACUGACGUGUGGGGUCGCAAGCUCAUCAUACUGCAUGUAACCUUGAUUGUGUUUGGCCUUUUUCGUCUUCAUCUAUGGAAUAUGGAUUGUGUAAAACUUUAACGCAGUACGAGAUUAUACGAGUAAUGAAAUUCAACGAGUGUUGUGCGGAC